AUGUCGCCGCGGCCAUGGUCGUGGAGGAUCUGGGCUUCCUGGAUGAGCAUCGGGCGUUGUAACAAUCCAUGCGCAGCACCCGCGACAUCUGCCGCAAGUCGAUGGUGGCUGCAUGUCCUGAGGGUGGAAAGUGGCGCCUUGUUCAUGGACCUUGAUGCGAAGGGGAGUGAAGAGGAGGCGCGUGCGACCACAAAAGUCGCCGCCCCUACUGUUCGUGCCCCGCCACAACGACCACAAGGCCGACCCGUCCACGUCAGACGUCGUCGACAUGGCGAACUCCAGCAAGGAAGAGUAGGACAUGGGACGUGGGCACGCCUAGUGUCCCAUGUGGGCCGUGCCCCACGUCCUAUUCUCUCCCCCUCCCCCUCUCCCGCAACUUCACUUCGUGGGGCUCAUGGCCGGAAACACGAAACAGCAGGGAAGGAUAACAAGACGAACCAGUCCGAUUCCCACCUACCCUGGAUAUGUGAAUAUAUCUACAUAAUCAUGGCAAUAUUAUUCAGACUAACAAGCGACUGCAUGGCUUUCAACAAAUUAGCACCCGCGGUAGGGUUCACCGUAGCACUGGCGGCGCUCCGCCUCGCCAGUGUUGGAGCUUCGGCGCCACCAGGCAACUGCACGAGGGAAUGCGGCGGACUGGAGAUCCCUUACCCGUUUGGCAUCGACGUCGAGGAUGGCUGCCAACUUUCUGACCGCCGGCAAGGGUUCAAGCUCCGCUGCCUAGACAGGGGCGGCCGUGGCAAGAGGCUGUAUUACAUCAACCAGGAGGUGCUGGAGAUCUCGCUGGAGCACGGCCAGGUCCGGUGGCUGAACAACAUCUCCUCCUACUGCUACAACGCCACCGCCGGGGAAAUGGAGGUCAACAGCCCGCCGUCGAACAUGGACCUGGAGGGCUCCAUCUUCCGGCUCUCCGGCACCGCCAACAAGUUCACCGUGCUCGGCUGCAAGACGCUCGCCUACAUCGGCGACACGGAUAACAUCACGUCGUACACGGCCGUGUGCGGGGCCACGUGCAAGGACGGCAACCUCUCGCUGCUGACCAACGGCUCCUGCGAGGGGAUCGGCUGCUGCCGGACGGCGAUCCCCAGGGGGCUGGAGAACUACCGGGUGUGGUUCAAGAGCUUCAGCACCCGCCGCUGUAGCUACGCGGCGCUGGUUGAGGCGUCCAACUUCACCUUCUCGUCCACCUACCUUUCCUCGUCGGCGUUCGUCGACGCCUACGGCGGGCAGGCGCCGCUGGUGGUGGACUGGGCCAUUGGAACGCUGCAAGGGGAGACGUGCGAGUCGGCACGCGCCAAGCCGGAGUCCUAUCCGUGCGUCAGCAACGACAGCUUGUGCGUCGACUCGCCUAUUGGACGAGGCUACUUCUGCAAAUGCAAGAAAGGAUACCAAGGAAAUCCUUACCUUCCAUACGGAUGCAAAGGUGUUACCAUUGGGCUGGGUGCGGGCUUUGGAAUGCUACUUCUUGGCUUGAGUGGAAUGUCCAUCUCCUACCGAUGGAAAAGAUGUGUCAAAAAACAACAACGCGGGCUUUAUUUCCAGAAAAACCAAGGCCUUCUAUUGGAACAACUCAUAUUAUCAGAUGAAAAUGCAAGUGAUAGAACAAUGAUUUUCUCCUUAGAGGAGUUGGAGAAGGCAACAAACAACUUUGAUGAAACUCGUAUUGUAGGCCGUGGAGGACAUGGCAUGGUAUACAAAGGCAUCUUAUCGGACCAACGUGUGGUGGCUAUAGAAAAGUCAAAACUUGUUGAGGAAUCUGAGAUCAAUCAGUUUAUUAAUGAGGUUGUAAUCCUCUCCCAGAUAAAUCAUCGAAAUAUCGUGAAGCUCUUUGGAUGUUGUCUUGAAACAGAAGUGCCGCUCUUAGUAUCUGAUUUUAUCCCUAAUGGCUCUCUAUUUGAUGUUUUGCAUGCUGAGCCAACUAGUAGACUAUGUUUAUCCUGGGAUGAUUGUUUGAGGGUUGCUCAAGAAACUGCUGGAGCUCUCUGUUAUCUACAUACAUCUGCCUUGAUAUCGGUCUUUCAUCGUGAUGUGAAGUCCUCGAAUAUCUUGUUAGAUGGAAAUUUCACUGCUAAAGUUUCAGAUUUUGGUGCUUCAAGAACAGUUCCUAUUAACCAAACUCAUGUUACCACAAAUGUACAAGGAACGUUCGGAUACUUGGAUCCAGAAUAUUAUCAAACUGGGCAACUAAAUGAGAAAAGCAAUGUGUAUAGUUUUGGUGUGGUACUCAUAGAGUUACUUUCAAGAAAAGAGCCUGUUUUUAGAAGUAAUUCAGGUUCAAAGCAAAACUUGUCCAUCUACUUCAUUACAGAGAUUAAAACAAAGUCGCGGGUUUGCAGAACAAUUCAUUACUAUAUGAAGACUAUCACUGUCUUUAUCGACUCCAUGCAAAACAUGUUCAUUGGAUUUGAUCAACAUCUCGACUUCGCUCGUUGUUUGAGUUCCAAGCAAAGGUUUCUGAGCGCUGAGGCAUAUUCCAACAAAUCUAACUUGAUGGCAGAUUGGGAUGUCACCAAGUCAGAAUCACUCUGA